AUGUCAAACUAUAUUACCAAUGUCGCCAUUGUCGGGGCAACUGGCCACAGCGGUAGCUUCAUGGCUGCUGCCCUCUUGAACUCUGGCAAGCAUAAAGUCACGGCCUUGACAAGACCCGGAAGCCAGAGAACCCUGCCACCAGGAAUCGAAUUUAAGGAAAUUGAUUACAACAACCCAGAGACAAUUGUGGAAGCUUUGAAAGGCCAAGACGCACUAGUAAUUACAUUGAGUGGCUUUGCGCCCGAGGGAACCGAGCUGCAGCUUAUCAAAGCCGCUGGCGAAGCUGGUGUGAAAUGGGUUUUGCCAAAUGACUGGUCUCCGGAUACCACCAACGAGGCUGUAAACAAAGAUAUCUCAGUAUUCGCACCAAAAGCGGCUCUCCGAAAAACUGUCGCUGAGCUCGGUCAAGUCAAUUUCAUCAGUAUCUCAACCGGGUUCUGGUAUGAGUGGAGCUUAGCUAUUCCGGCUGCCUUUGGAAUUGAUUUGCUCAACCGCUCAGCAACCCUUUUUGACGACGGUGAACAAAAGAUUACGACCUCUACAUGGCCCCAGGUUGGCCGUGCUGUUGCCGCCCUCCUUAGUUUGCCAAUUCACGCCGAAGGCUCUGAUAGGGAAGCCUGUCUUGAGAACUUCAAGAACCAGGUCGUAUAUGUCAAAUCUUUCACGAUCAACCAGAAACAUAUGUUGGCUUCUGCUUUGCGGGUCACUGGCACCAAGGAGUCAGAUUGGAAAAUUUCCAUUGAACCAGCUGCGGAACGAUAUGCAAAUGGUGUCGCAGCGAUCAAGGAGGGGAAUCGCAUAGGAUUUGCGAAGAUGCUAUAUACACGGAUCUUCUACAAAGAUGGAAAUGGUAACAUUGAGCACAAAGGCACUCUGAAUGCCUUGCUCGGGUUGCCGUCGGAGGAUAUUGAUGAAGCAACGCAGGUUGCAAUUGAGCGUUCAAGGACUGAUCCUUGGAAUUGA